AUGAAGAUUUACAAAGGAUGGAAUGCAAAUGCCAUGGAUCGCCCAGCCGCCACAAACAAGGCCACAAAGCUUGGAUUCUGGCUUUCCAACACGGCAGCGACCAUUGUCCAACCAAACCUUCAUGCAGCCUUGGCUGCCAUCAAUGAAAAGCUUAGCAAAAUCCGCCUAGCAGCGGGUCCCCUGGGACUUGACUACCAUGUUUCGCACCCCAAGGCUGGUAUUAUCUUCCAACUCAAAGUGGGAGACUGGAUAGAAGAAGCGAUCAAUGAUGACAUUCCCCCGGCGCUGGUUGACUCGUUAGCGAUAGUCACAGAGCAGUUCGAGACAAUUUAUUUUCUCAGUUCCACAGCAGUGCUUAUGGGAGCGCUUGAUGACAUAGUACCGCCGAGAGCAAAUGCUGGGGAUGACCCGGGGAAGAUGCUGAUCCCUUCUGGAAUCUACCUUGCUGAGGAGCUAAUCAAUGAUCAGAAUCUUACCACACAAUCUAUGGAAGAAGAAAUCAAUGAUAGCAACUCAAUAAUACUGAGCAUUCUCAAGAACUCUGGAAGAGAUGCGGUUAAGUCCUGGUUCUCCAAAUACAAUGCAGGCCCCAUUCCUUUUGAGGCUGAUGAACUGCUUGCUGAAUGGUUCAAACCUGAACCCCUGAAUUGCACGGACCUCAGAGCUAUCGUCCAAGCCAUAACCAAGUCGAACGUAUGUCUGCUUGAUGGACCCUUCAAAAGACCAGCUGGUGCACCAAUCUGGUCUGUGCCAACUGGACUAACACUGCCUCAUAUUCUUCACCACCCCUCCCCCUUGGUAGCCCCAAACCAGGAUAUCCUUGACGUAGCCGUACAAUCCAACUCUCUGACUAAACUAACGACCAAGGUUACCAACCCAAUGCUUCUUUCUCCUCUUCUCCUCUCGUACUACACCUCAAAUCGGCAUGUAUUGGAACUUGGACUCAUUGCCAGUGAGGACUAUGUGAAUACAGUUGGCAGAUUGCUUAAAAUCAAAGCUGGACUGAUUCAUGCAAAACUUAAAGCAUGCCUGGUGUUUAACCGGUUUAUCCGAAACUGUGGUGAACCUCUCAGUGGAGCCAUCCCGACUGGAAAAGCUCUGGACACAAUAACAGAGUCAAUGCUAAAAAGACCGGCAAAUGAACUCAGAAUCGCAAGGCAGAACUGUGUAUCAAAUGAUGCAAUGUUCCUGAAGCCCAAGAGACUUGCCAUUGCACUAGCGCAAAACAACAUCACGAGAACCACCUGGGAAGAAGUGCUCAUGGAAGUCUAUGGAGCCAACCCUGCUAUCAUUGACCAAGUCAAAGCUCAGCUUCGCACGGAGCACUACCCCUGCUUUGAAGAAUGGUUCACUAAGAAGCUAACCCUGGAGAAGUGGGAACCUGGUGAAGCACAGAUACUGAAGCACGACAUCAAUGGAGCCCUCUUCCAGUUACUAACGGAAUCCAAUGAAGUAUGGGCGACCAAUGACCUGCUGGAAAGGGCAAUUCUCAGAAUCACGGGAGCCUCAGGCAUAGCGGCAAGUGUUACUGAGGAAAUAACUCUUCUAGCGGAGAGAAGGCGUGGAUCCGCUAGAUCCAUCAACCCUCCCGAACUCUCACUAAUUCCUGGUUCAUCCAACAUGGACAGUGACCCUGAUGAAUCCGACAAUGGCAAAACGCCUCCUCCAAAGAAACGCAAGAUCAACCCCUGCUCGGCGGGAAAGACACCAAUGAAGCUAAACCAAUACCAGGAUUCUGAAGAAGAUGAUGAUGACCCCCGCUAA